AUGUACCAGAUACUCCUGGUUCUAUCAACACAGAUCCUGGGAUAUUCGCUUGCUGGCCUAACACGACGCUACCUCGUUCGCCCCAGUGGCAUGAUCUGGCCAGCUACGUUGGUUUCGACGUCCAUGUUCACUGCCCUGCACCAGGAAGUCAACAAGCCCGCCAACGGCUGGAAUAUUUCACCACGAAAAUUCUUUGGGCGCGUCUUCAUGGGCGGCGUAGCGUUCUACUUCCUACCUGGUCUCCUCUUUCCCGCCCUAAGUUCCUUCAACGUAAUCACAUGGUUUGCACCUCGGAACGUUGUUGUGGCCAACCUCUUCGGAACUGCGUCAGGUCUUGGUCUAUUUCCAGUGACAUUUGACUGGGCUCAGAUCGCCUAUAUUGGCUCACCACUUGUUACCCCUUUUUGGGCCGCGAUGAACAUCGUAGGCGGUCUUGUGCUUGUCAUGUGGCUGGCGGCACCAAUAAUGUACUACAUGAACGUGAUGUACUCGGCCUACAUGCCAAUAUUAUCAGCAGCUGUCUGGGACAACCGGGGCAAACCGUACGAUGUCAGCAAGAUCUUGACAGCGGACUUCAUGUUUGACGAAGCUGCAUACAACGACUACAGCCGAGUCUAUCUCCCAAUAACAUAUGUCCUCAGUUACGCCCUCCAAUUCGCUGCCUUGACGGCUCUCCUUUCGCACACAGGUUUGUGGCAUGGCAGAGACAUUUGGAGGCAAUGGCGUCGUUCAUGGGCGGAGAUUCGCAAGGAGGCGGCAGCCGAAUAUCAGCCAGUGAGAAGCAGCGCUCGAGAAGACGGUUACGCAGCAUCACCCAUGUUGCGCAGAGUCCGUUCUAGCACAACAUCGGAGCCGGAGAUGGAGGAUCUACUCACUGCUCAAGACGUGCACAAUCGCCUGAUGCAGAAAUACGACGACGUGCCGAUCUUGUGGUAUGUUCUGACAGGGGCCAUCAUGGCUGCCAUCGGUAUGUUCGUCGUGGAGUACUAUCCUGUCCAUCUGCCCUGGUAUGGGUUACUGCUUGCGUUGGGCAUCGGUGCGAUCCUCUUCAUUCCCAUUGGAAUCGUCAUGGCCAUCACCAACCAACAAAGCAGUAUUUACCUUAUCUGCCAGCUCAUAUGCGGAGUGUUGUUUCCCGGUCGUCCCGUUGCCAACAUGGUCUUUACCACCUUCGGCUACAUCUCAUCUACGCAAGGGCUCAAGUUCGCCUCCGACCUCAAGCUCGGUCACUACAUGAAGAUCCCGCCACGCAUAUUGUUUAAACUACAACUUUGCAUCACGAUCAUCUCCAGUCUUGCGCAGAUUGGUGUGCUCAACUGGAUGCUGAGCCAUAUCCCUGGCAUUUGCACGCCAGAUGCUAUUAAUGGCUUCAACUGCCCCAUCGCACGUGUUCACUUCAACGGCAGUAUUUUGUGGGGUGUAGUUGGACCUCAGCGCUUCUUCGGUCCCGGCGCCCUCUACCGUCCAUUAGUGUGGGCGUUCCUUGUUGGCGCCAUCUCACCUAUCCCCAUCUGGUACUUCGCUCGCAACAACCGCCGUUCCAUCUUGCGCAAGGUCAACCCGGCCGUGGUUUUUGGCAGUCUGAGUUGGAUUCCACCUGCAACUGGACUGAACUUCUCCGUGUGGGCCAUUGUCUGUUACAUCUUCAACUACGAGAUCAAGAACCGGCGCAAGGAGUGGUGGAAGAAGUACAAUAUGAUGUUGAGUGCUGCCCUGGAUUCUGGACUUGCUUUUGGUGUUGUUGUCAUCUUCUUUGGCAUUGUAUACCCGGGCUGGAUGAGCGAUUUCAAGUGGUGGGGUACGGAGGUUUACAAACAGGGUUGCGAUUGGCAAGCCUGUCCGUACAAGACCCUGCCAAAGGGCGGGAAAUUUGGCCCAUGA